GCCAUUGAUCUUUUAUGCAGCAGUCUUGUUGUCUUGAACAGUGACUAAUAACUUGUCUGUUUCUGAUAACCGUGUGUUAGCAAUAUCAGUUCAGUCGUGUUAUCAUAUCAUUUGAUCAUUGAAUAGCAAUACUAUCCAACGCUUUGACGUAAUACUGGUGGAUUAAUGUUGGAUAACAGUGGUCAUACUAGGUGUACGUUUGUUGGACGUAAUCGUGAGCAAGAAGUUUCAUGAGAACCUUCGAAACAGAAUCAGAUUCAGAGACUGAAAACAGGUGGUGUUCUCGGAAGUUAAUUGCACAACCCAUCUCAAGCAUAAAGGAAAUUCAGCAUAGGCAUAUCCUGGAUAAUUGCUUCAAUAAGUGGUAUUUUAAUUCAAUGCAGUUCAAUCAUGGAUCCGGAUAAACCACGGCUGGUGGACAUAGCGAAAGGGACGGCUAAGGUCGGCGGAUCAGGACUGCCCUCACCGAGUACGUCUUACCCUUACCCGCCGAACGACCCCGGGGCCCAACCCAUUCAAUACCCCCAAGCGUCGGCUCCUCGAGAGGACCAGUGGGAUGGUUACCAAAACAUGCAUCAGUCGCAACUACAGCAAGAACACGAACAACAUCAACCUACAGUAGCACUUCCCCCUCAACCUGAACAGAAGAUGCAACCACACCCACAGCAAACUCCACCACAGGCAGCAACAUCUUUCCCGCCUUCAAUGCCCCAGCAUCAGGCGCAGGCUCCACAACAAAAUUCAAGUCCCGACCCAACGUCGGAGUCUGACCAGAGUUUGAUGUCAAAGCGACCCCCGAUUAAAGUCGAGGAAAAGUCCCUCCUCGAAGCUUACAUCCUGUGCCUCCCCCUUGGCUUUCUUGGACUGCACCACUUUUACUUGGGACGAAUCGGCAUCGGGUUCCUCUACUUCUUCACUUUCGGGGUGUUUGGAAUCGGGUGGAUCAUUGACUGGUUCAGGUUGCCAUGGCUCGUCAAGAAAACCAAUGAGAAGAGGAAAGCUGAUGCGGAGCGUGGCUACAUCCUCUAUGGAGGACCGUUUGAUGAAUUGUAUGAGAGGAGUCUGUGCUCCGCCUACAUGUUCUGGCUACCCCCUGUUGGUAUUUUUGGCGGACAUCACUACUAUCUUGGUCGUUUUGGUUAUGGUGUCGUCUACAGUCUGACCAUGGGUCUCUUCGGCGUUGGUUGGCUCUUCGAUCUCUUUCGUAUUUGGAUCCUCACCAGGAGAGCCAAUCAGGAUAUCCGCACUUUGCGCUCAGGACGUCCUCUGUCGUCGAACCCAAGCGAACGGAUGCACCUUGAUGAUGCCUACUCCCUUGCGUUCCCGUUGGGAUUCCUUGGACUGCAUCACUUCUAUAUGCGUCGUUGGAUGUUCGGCGUCAUUUAUUUCUUGACUUUGGGUUGUAUGGGUGUCGGUUUCUUGGUAGAUUUGUGUAGGAUGCCGUACUUGUUUUACAGGAACAAGGAGGAACUGAAGAACAAUCAUAAGAAGUUCCACGUGGAUGAUGCAUAUCUGAUGUGGUUUCCUCUAGGGAUCCUGGGAAUGCACCACUUCUAUCUUCACCGUUGGGGAUGGGGCUUUGCCUACUUCUUCACCUUUGGUUUAUUAGGCAUUGGUUGGCUUAUUGAUAUAUGCAGGAUCCCGCGUCUUGUCAGGUUCGCCAAUGAACGCCGAAGCAGGGAGAGUCUGCUUGGAAACCAGUACAAUACAAACGGCUCUCCGACAUGUCACUGUGAGGGCGCCGUCCACCCUGAUCAUGGCUCAGGACAGACGACAUCAUACCAGUCCAUCCCGGAGGCACCCGGACAAGGUACCAUGUUAGUGUAUGCAUUCCCGCUCGAUCAGUACGGACACCCCAUCUGGUCAGAAAGGUCAAUCUGGACACAGGACACAAGCGGUAGAACCGACCCUAGUUCAACGACUCCGACGCAUUGGCAACCAGGGGUGAACAGUCCAGGACCAGCCGAACCGGCCACCACCCUACACACCAAGUAAUAGUGCAACAAGCUAGUAUUGCAUAAAACAUGUUUCUUCAUACUAGACAGAAACCGACUUGACACUCUUGACAACACUUGAUGAAACUUGAGUUAAUGUCUCCUCAGGAACAUAUAAAGACAUUGAAACGAAAUAGAGACGAAAGACGGAUAACAGAACAAGCCAAUGUUUGUGAUAGCCAGGUGGUCGUAGGUAAGAACUAGUCUGCAGGCACAGACCCUGAUUGAAACUUUGAUCAAGUGUGUCUCCACGCAAAGACUAGCGCAUACAGAACUUGCUGUGGGUCUUCUGUACACAAGGCAUGAGUAGGCUACAAUUCAGACCCUUUACUCGAGUGAAGGAUUUGCAUUGCAGACUAGGUAAGAACUACGGUGUGUUGUAGUUUCGACCAGCGAGAAAGAGAGAGAUGGUGAGAGGAAGAGAAGGGGGUAAAAUAGUGAAAUAAAACACAGGAAUGUGAGAGAUUGAAAGACAGAUGUUGGGAGCAAGAAAAGGGGUAAAGAGAGGCAAAGAAAGAGAUGGGAUGAAACUGAAAAGAAAAGGAGUUAGAGGGGUAUUGUAGAAAUGUCAUUAAGGUAAUAUUACCCGGAAUUUGAUAAUCAUGUUUUGCAAAACUUCUCUGUUCUAUUACUUCUAUAACAUAACUUUACGCUGUAGAUUGUAAAUAACAUUGUGUACUUUCAUAAGAUUUGUCAAUAUUUACUUAUAUAU